UUUUUGCUGAUAUGGUAGCACUCUUUAGGGCGCACCGCAGAAAGCCGACUACUGAAUAAAAAUUUGUAAAUAAAAUAUAUAAAUGCGCUUUAGAAACAAAUAAUAUUUGCUUGUACUAAUGUCCAACACGCGGAAAGAUCCGUGUAAAAAAAACGCAUGUAAAAUACAGGCCUGUUUAAGUGAAAAUAACUAUCAGGAAAGUAAGUGCUUGGAGGUAUUGGAACAAAUGCGUCUUUGCUGCUUAAAGUGGCAUAAAGAAUCAACUUGUUGUUCAGGAAUAAAUCUAGAAAGGAGUUAUCUUGUGGACAGAGAAGGGCAAGAAGAGAGAAUUGUUACAGGCAAACCAAAAGAAGCCACCAAACUCAGUUUGCUGUAA